CAAUAACAAACAUAAACAACAACAAUAACAACAACAAGCCAGCACUAGAAAUGUGCAUGCCACCUACCAACCUGGCUGAGCGCCGUCCAAGUGCCGCGCGGCCCCAAUACCCCGACACUCGAUGGGGCUACAUGCGCGGUUGGCACACUUUGCGUCUCCUGCGUCUCCUCCCGAGCGGCAAAACGGCGUGCUUCUUGCCCAACACGGCCACGGGUCGCGAGCGGUUGCAUGAACGGGCUCACACAAAAAAGAACACCAAUGCGAUGCGGGCCGCCCGGAAGCACAUCAGUGCGGGCAUAGAUUCGCUGUCGGCCGUCGACGACGGGGCGGGCUGGACCGCAAAGGGAAGAGGCUGGUGGUGGAUCAUAACCCGACUCGGGGGCUCACGUGCCCCGCGGCUGGCAUCGUCCGUCCAGAUCCAAAAGCCGGGGUGUGCCUCCCGAGCCUCCUACAUACACAAUGCUGCGCAUAACCGCAGAUCCGGGAGUGCGGGCGGCCUCUGUCCGUCCACCUCCCCCAUCACCCAACUGUCAAAGGGCCGUAUCCAAAACGACCGUGAUGAGAUGACGCGCCUCGGAAAGGCCAUGAUCGGCUGCUUCUCGAAGGCCCUCCUCCCUGGGCCUGGUCCGCGCCGCCCUACUGUGGCGCCGGGGUGA